AACAAGGACACAAUAUCCAGCCCAUAAUGUAUUUAGUCAGUACUGGAGAUUAUGUCAGAUAUCCGAGACAUUUUUAUGCAGCACAUUAAAGCAACUUUCACUGCUGUGCUACAGAUGAUUCUCCUUUGAUGCCAAUUAUAACAUCAGUCCUGUCCCAAAAUGGUGCCCAUCAUCUUCCUGCAGCAGUCACAUCCCAGAACCACAGCCAUGCAUUUCAGCACAGACUCGUUUCACCAACCUAGAAACAUUACGCUUCGGUUCCGACGCGGAUGCUGCCAUUAGGCUGAUACUCACAUCCGAGGCGCCGUCCCUGAACACGGGCUGCCGGUGUCGCAGUAAGGCUGAGUGGAAUGGAGGAACAGUGCGUGUGUGCGGCAGCCGGCUGGGAUUUCUCCCACUGGCCAUUUUGAAGCGCAGAGAGGCGGCAGGAAUCUGAUGACACUGCGCCAACAGACCGGACCGCUCUACCGGACCCCAACCAACUCCACGUACCGGGCAUCAGACCUCCCAUCAUGAACGGCCCCAUGCACCCGCGCCCCCUGGUGGCGCUGCUAGACGGCCGAGACUGCACCGUGGAGAUGCCUAUCCUGAAAGAUGUAGCAACGGUGGCUUUCUGUGACGCUCAGUCCACGCAGGAGAUCCACGAGAAGGUCCUGAAUGAAGCUGUAGGAGCUCUGAUGUACCACACCAUCACUCUAAUGAGGGAAGACUUGGAGAAGUUUAAGGCUCUGCGGAUCAUUGUUCGCAUCGGCAGUGGCUACGACAACAUAGACAUCAAAUCUGCCGGAGAGCUCGGCAUAGCUGUAUGUAACAUGCCAGCAGCGUCAGUGGAGGAGACAGCAGACUCCACGCUCUGUCACAUCCUCACCCUGUACCGACGCACCACCUGGCUGCACCAGGCUCUGCGGGAAGGAACACGAGUACAGAGCGUGGAGCAGAUCCGAGAGGUGGCAUCAGGAGCGGCGAGGAUCAGAGGAGAGACUUUGGGACUCAUCGGGCUCGGCCGGGUAGGCCAGGCUGUAGCCCUGCGAGCCAAGACUUUUGGCUUCAAUGUGAUUUUCUACGACCCAUAUUUAGCCGACGGUGUAGAAAGAUCCCUGGGACUCCAACGGGUCACCACACUACAGGACCUUCUCUUCCACUCCGACUGCGUCUCUCUGCACUGCAGCCUCAACGAACACAACCAUCAUCUGAUCAAUGACUUCACCAUCAAACAGAUGCGGCAGGGGGCGUUCCUGGUGAACACCGCCAGGGGGGGUCUGGUGGAUGAGAAGGCCCUGGCUCAGGCUCUGAAGGAGGGGAGGAUACGUGGGGCUGCUCUGGAUGUUCAUGAGACAGAACCUUUCAGCUUCAGUCAAGGCCCACUGAAGGACGCUCCCAACCUGAUCUGCACGCCACACGCUGCCUGGUACAGCGAACAGGCAUCAUUGGAGAUGAGGGAGGAGGCAGCGAGGGAAAUCCGAAGAGCUGUGACAGGUCGCAUCCCAGACAGUCUAAAAAACUGUGUGAAUAAGGAGUUCCUUACACCCAACAACCACUGGGCAGUUGACCCUGCAGCAGUCCACUCUGAGCUGAACGGAGCCUACAGGUAUCCCACAGGAGUGGUGAGCUUGCCAGCCAGUGGCCUUCCUCCACCGGUUGAAGGCAUUGUACCAAGCGCUGUGCCAAUUACACACACCCUCCCGCCUGCUAUCACACAUCCUCCUCAUGCACCAUCUCCAGGACAAAACACAGUGAAACCACCAGAGGGUGACAGAGAGCAGCAUCCCAGUGACCAACUGUAGCCCUUCUGCUUGUUUAUCAGACAGGUUCAGGUCGGAUUAACAACCUCCUGCCAACUGCUUCCCAACAGACAGGUCACACUUCAGAGGUGGAGGAGAAGAUAAUGAUGAUAACUGACAGAUGCUUUAAUCAACAACCAAGACAGUUGUCCUCUAACCCAACUGCUGAUUUUUUCAUUCUUCACCAGAAAUAAAAGAUAAUAAAUUAUUAUAAUUUUAAAAAGUGAUUUGGAAAAAAAGAAUACAGGAUUAAAAUUCACUGUCUCUAGACUGUUGGUGUUUAGAGUUAGAGGGUUUCAUGUUUCUCUUUUUUCAGUGUCUUUUCCUUAGUUUGAUGUAAAAACAAAGUUAAUAGGUUUGAGAUGAAUGUAACCUGUCUGUGUACAGAUUUUAGGAUAUACUGAUACUUGCAUUCCAGUCAGUUAACAAGAACUGGUUUGAGAAUGCAAUAUCUACUUUUACUUUUCUUGUUAUUUGUCCCUAAAUUAGCAAGUUCCCCAAAAAAGAGGCAGCUUUUUGCACACCAUCUCAGGAACCUACGUUUCCGCAGUUGGUAAUCUAGUUUUUUUCUAACAUUUUAUUUUCUAAAGUGUUUUUAUGCCACUCAGUGCUUUUGUUUUUCUACCUGCUUGCCUUUUCGUGUCCCGUUGCAUUAGAAAAGAACAACUUUAGCGAGAAAUAAAGUUGAUCUGAUGUUUACUUCUGUUGGUUUUGUUUCAGGAGCAUGUCAUUUUGCUCUGGGGACUUGUGUAAAUGUUCGACCCAAACUGAAAGUGUAGUGGGAAGAAAGGCUUAGGAGAUGUGGAAAAAUGGUAUACUUGCUUGGGACCACUUGACCAGUGUGUCAUUUUAAUGUAUAGACUGAUAAGAGAACACACUGAGACGUUUUUACAGUUUAAAACAGUCCUGUGGGAAAAAAGUUUAUCAUACCUGGUUUGUAUUUAAUGAUUUAAAACUUCUAGAAGCAUUCAGAUAGACAUUGCACUAAUUUCUGACCAGCAUUUUUAAUUUGAUGCAGCACUCCUACUUUUCUCAACUAGAAUAACCUACAUUAUAUUAUAUUAGAUAUCUGUGCAGUGAGUGUGAAGGUCUCAGAGGUCUUUGCAGGCAUCAAAGCAUUUUUCACUUAAGACACUGUCAGUCACACAACUCAACCUCUUUCAGUCUGUCUGCAGUUAGUUUCCCCACAACAACAUAUAGUUUGGAUUUACAUUUAUUUUAAACUAAUACUAAACAAGUAGAAAGACAAAGUGAAAUACUCUGAUAGCAGUUGCAGUCAAACAUUCCUAAUUUGUCUCAGACACAAGAGAAAAAAACAAGUCAAUGCUGCAGCUAAAGGUUGUGGGUAAACAUGCAGGAGAAACAUUUUGAGAGAGCAGGUACUAAUCUUCUAACAUCAGCUGCUGCUUGUACUUGCAGAGGACAGAGAAAAGUAAAACUUUGUGCUCACAAACAACACCAAAAGACCACCUCCUCUAGCUAUCUGUUCUGGCUGUCAUGAACAAUGUUUGGUCCUCUUUCUCCUGCUUUGAGUCGUUGCUUCCCUUGAAUGCAGGAUUUGAAUCUUUCUCAUAAUUCUCAAAAGGCAAAAAGUGUUUUUAACUGAAUUUCUGAAAUCUGGCCUCUCUGUUUAUUUCUCCGGAGCUCACCCACAUUCUCAGACCCGAACCUAUUUGACAUAUUCUCAUUGAAAAGGUUUUUGAUUUCUGUCUACAAGACAGAACAUCGUGCUUCUUGUUUUAGAAGUCGUGACACAAAUGGUUGUUUACGUGUCAGAAAAAUCUGUUUUUUAAAUUGGUUAUGUGAUUAGGAAAAUAAAAAGGCCAGUAAUUAUUUAUUUUCAUUUCAUAUUUGUUUGUAUUUACAGGUUUCCUGGCUAUAAAAUCUGUUAUUAUGCACUUUAAGUUGAUUAAUCUAACUUACAGCUCUUGGGAUGGGAAGUCCAUAGUUACUGAGAGUAAAAACAGGUAAACAUGGGUAAAGCCAAGACUUUAGACUUCUCCCAAAAUGGUAGAACGGCUGCUCAGUUUGAUCGUCUUGAAAAGCCUUCAGCUUUCCACAAAUAGACACGAACACAGAGAAGCAAGGGCAUUUUUCACCAAGGUGUCUGAGAAUCCCACGUCCUACAGACUGGUAUCCCUUUAACAUGUCAAGCUAGGUCCUUCCCAAAUGUACCAUUUAACCACCCUCUGUGACCUCUGUGUUAUGUGUACAUAUGGUGUUCUGCUUGCCUGUGUCAACGUGACUUGGUUGUAUCUGUGUCUAAAAAGGCAGCGCUGGUAGAGGGGGGUGUUAGUUAGUACCCUCCAAUCAGGCUAUAUCAAAAUUUACAGUGUAACCGUGAAAUAAGAUGUGGUUAGAAAUGGUAUUCAGUGUCUGAUGCUUUAACAUGCUGAAUUCAAAAUAAUUUCUGCAAUUCCGGCAGUAAAAUACCCAAAACUCCAGCUAAGUCGUGAUGAGGUCAGUAAUUUUCUAGAUCCCCUCCUACCAGCAGCUGAGUAGUAAAAAAUAGUUUACUGUUGCCUACCUGGUCUUCUUCAUGGUGAGGUAGUAAGCGUAGCAAUCAGGGAUGGACAUUUCUCUUGCCAUUGCUGAGCAUUUUAAAGCCUAGCCCAUUGUUUGUAAAAUCUGGGGCCCUAAAGGUCCUGAGAUAACAUUCUGAUCUCUGAUCUCCACCAAAUGGCUGUAAUUCUGUUCUGGUUUUUCCUGACACAAAGAGCAAACAUUCCUCCUUUAAGCCGAUGGGUGCCGGGUAAAAACAACAGCUCUUAACCAGUGUAGGUGCUCCUUGAAAUUCCAUCCCUGGUAGUAACACACAGUCCACUGUUGCCUCUCCUUUAUGGUAAAGUAGUAGGCGUAGCAAUAUACAGUAUACAUAUUCUAUAUUCUACAGUAAAUAUCAUUAUUUUUGGUCAAAUGAUGACAACCUGAAAAAGAUAUGUUUGUGACUGUAUGCCUUUGUAUGAAUUAUUUUAGAAGGAAAUAAACUGUGGAAAGGUGA